AUGUUGACUGAAUCAUGGUUGAAUGCAGAUAUAUUAGAUUCUGAAUUAGGCUUUAAUGAUUACAAUGUGUUUCGAACCGACCGCAGCGUUUCUACUAGUUCAUAUUUGCGUGGUGGUGGUGUAAUAAUCUGUGUUCAUAAGAAAUAUAGUUCAAAACAGGUUUUCACUCCUAUUACUAGUGUUGAACAACUGUUUGUACUGGUGGAGGCUGGUGAUAACAAUAAGUUUUUGUUAGGUACUUGCUAUAUACCACCUGUAAGCCCAUUUAGUACUUAUGUAGCUCACACUGAGGCAAUUGAUUAUUUGUGCUCAUUAUUUGUUGAUACACAAAUUAUUUUAUCUGGAGACUAUAAUUUACCAAAUGUUAAGUUUUCUAAUGAUGAUCUUGGUAUGGUAUAUUUAGGUAAUUAUUCUCAAAAUUCUGAUAUUAUUUUUGAGCAAUUUUCACAUUUAAAUUUUUAUCAAGUAAAUGAAGUUGGAAAUGAUUCUGGAAAGAUAUUAGAUUUAAUAUUUGUAUCUAAUAAUUCUACCCGUGUUAAAAAAAGUGAAGAUAAUUUAGUUCCUGUUGAUAGUUUUCACCCAGCACUUUACAUUAGUUCUGACAUUAAUAUAAGACCUAAACUAGAUAAUUUGCAUUCGGAUGAUAUUAAUGAAAUAGCUAAUAUGUUUGGCCAAUUUUUUGGCUCUGUUUAUUCAAAUUCUAGUAAAACUACAAAUGGAUCUUUUAGUAACAUAUCUGAGUGUGUUGAUAUAAAAAAUUGUUAUCUUUCAAUAACUGAAGUUUUUGAGGGUCUAUCGAGCUUGCACAUGAAUUUGACAGUAGGUCCUGACUUAGUUCCUGAGAUUUUUCUCAAAAACUGCUGUUACUCCCUUACUCGUCCAAUCCAUUUUCUUUUAUCUUUAUCUCUGUCGUCUGGUAUUUUUCCUACGAUUUGGAAAACCAGUUAUGUGUAUCCUAUUUUUAAGUCCGGAAUAAGAUCUAACAUACGUAAUUAUAGACCAAUUACUAAAAUGAGUACAAUACCAAAAUUAUUUGAAAAGUUGUUAGUAUCAAAAUUGUAUUACACUUUUAGCCCUAUACUUGUAAACAAUCAACAUGGAUUUAGAACUUCUAAAUCUACAGUUACCAAUUUACUUGUGUACUAUUCUGAUUUGAUGUCUAUUAUUUCUAAAGGUGGUCAAGUAGACGCCAUCUACACUGACCUAAAAAAAGCGUUUGAUAGUGUUAAUCAUUCUAUAUUAAUAAGUAAAUUAAGUGCUAUGGGAGUUGGUAAUCCUAUGAUAGAUUGGCUUUCGUCUUAUCUUAGUGGGAGAAAACAAAUAGUCAAAAUUGGUAAUGUUACAUCUUUUACUAUUAAUGCUAUAUCUGGUGUACCUCAAGAUCUUAAUAAAUUUGUUUUAUGGUGUUUUGAAAAUGGUUUACAAUUAAAUAGUGACAAAUGCUCACAAAUUACUUUUAGUAGAGUUAAAUCUGUUUACAAUAAUCAAUAUGUAAUAAAUGGUUUUGACCUUUCUAGGGUUAAUCAUAUAAAAGAUUUAGGUGUUUUUCUGUCUUGGAAUUUAUCUUUUUCAAAACAUAUCAGCUAUAUAUAUAAUAAGGCAUUGCGUACAUUAGGAUUUAUCAGACGUAAUUGUAACGAAUUUCACGAUGUAGAAUGUUUAAAAACAUUGUACUUCUCUUUAGUAAGAUCUGGGCUGGAAUAUGGUUCAAUUAUUUGGUCUCCAUUUGUAGCCAGUGAAAUUAAAAAAAUUGAAUCUGUACAAAACCGCUUUUUAACCUGUUUAUCGUACAAAUUAAAUAAAAAUAGGAUUAAUUAUGAAAAUUUUCGUGAUAGUUUGAAAAUGGACUCUUUAUUAUUUAGAAGACAAUAUUUAGAUAUAAAAUGGAUAUAUAAUUUACUCAACAACAAAAUAGAUUGUCCUGAAAUUUUAGAUAAAUUACCUUUCAAUGUUCCUCAAUUAUCUCUUCGAAAUCAUUCUAUGUUUUAUAUACCUACCCUCGCGCAAAACUACAGUAGAAACUCUCCUGUAAAUCGCAUGCUUUAUUUAUGCAAUUCUUUAAAUAAUUUUGAUUUUAAUCAUGAUUCGUCAGCUAUAUUAUGGUUAACAUGUCGAAAUAACCUCAAUGUAUAA